CUAAAUAGUCAGUCCCACCAAAAUUAAUCUUCGCCGUCAUCUCACCUUCACCCAUCCUCCAUCUCCUCCUAAUUAGUCAUCGUGCAACCACCGAAGCAGCAGGAGAAGGCUAGACACCUCCGUUACGGUUCAUGCGCAUGGACGAUGCUAUGAAUCUGGAGAGCCAAAAAGUUCCUACUUUUGUAAUCAAAGUGUCUCACGAAGCUAAAUUAAGAGAGUUAUUACGUAACCUCACCUCAAUUGAUCUUCAGUUAUGCUCAAAAGCGUCAAAAGAGUUUAUGAAGUUACUUAGAGGCGAUGAAGGAGGCGAAAUGUUAAGACAGUAUGUACAGACAUCUCCCAAUUGUUCAGAGCUUCUACAAGCAUGGAAUUUACGACAAUCGAAGCCUGGUUUGUCUUAUAUAAUGUCGCUAAUUAACGUUAUUUUGAGUCAUAAAGACGGUGUUUUCAAACCCAAUGAUGUGGCCAGGAUUCCACUCAGUCGGGCUUUAGAUAAAUUUGCUCGUUUGAUUCUUGAAGAAAAAUUGGGAGAUGUUUAUAAGGAGUUGAACAAUAAAGAAGGCAAAGGGAAGCAUGCUACAUUGUUGUUGAUGGCUUCUGUUGUUAGAAGGGGUUCUGGGCUGGCUUCUGAUGUUGCUAAGAGUUUUGAUUUUAAAUUACCAAACUUUUUGAAGCUAGCAGAGUAUGAUAAGAGGAGGAAGAACAUGGAAAAGAUAAAACGAAAGAGUUCUACAAGGAGGUCAUAUGUUAGGUUUGCUAUGUCCUUUCUGGAAAUUGGGGAGCCUAGGCUGUUGAGGUGGGUGUUGCAGCAGAAGGACAUGUUUUCUGGUGUUCUUCGUGGGCUUGGGAGUGAUGAAGAAGACACUGUUGUUUAUGUUCUAUCUACAUUGAGGGACAAGGUGCUUGUCCCUAAGUCUUUGGUGCCUGUGGGGCUUAGAAGUGUUUUAUUCGGGAGUGUUACUUUGGAACAGUUGAUUGACAUAUCUGGAAGAGAUGAUGGUGAAGCUUCCACUGAGGUAGCACAGAAGGUUCUAUUUAUGGUCUGCACUGACCCUUCUAAUGGUUUGAUGCCAGAUGCAAAGGCAUCACCCUUUCCCUUGAAGGGAAAUCCAACACGACUUUUGGGUGUUAUGAAGAAGCUCAAAGCUACUGAGAUUGACUUUCACAGGGAUCUGCUAUUAGGGAUUGUGCGUGGAAGCCCAUCAUUUGGCUCUGCAUACCUUGAUGAGUUCCCUUACAACAACCUUGAAGAUCAUGCAAACUGGUUUGCUGCUGUUUCAUUGGCUGCAAACUUGAUCGCUUCGGUGAAUGCAGGUUUGUCUUUUGAUUUUCUUGAUUCAAAGCCCCAGGAGCCACUGUCUAUUAACAGAUCUGAAGUGCAAAGUAUAAUAAAGUGCAUAGGUCCUCGUUCUUUUAAUAGAAUAGUCAUGAAUAAGGGAUUACUUCACUCUGAGUCUCAGAUACAACAUGGAACAUUACGGCUUGUUUUGGAGGCAUUGAUGUUAUUAGAUUCUCUCUUUUCUGCUAUAAACCAUAGAUCAGAAUCUAGCAAGCAAAUUGAGUGUAAGUGGGUGUCACUUAAGCAAGAUAUUCAGAAUGAAGUGCAGUUGUUGCUCCCUGAUCAUCAAGUCUUGUUGUCAUUGAUUUCUUCUCUCAAGAGUGAGGAAAGAAUUUUGAAAAGAGGUCCAGAUACAUCUGUUUUACUUGAACAUCGUUCUAGAAGUAAGAAGCUAAAAACAUGUACUACAAUUGAGGAAACAGAUAUUCUUGUUGGUGGUAUCAGUUCUACCCUGGACAUGGAAAUCCCAGAUGAUGAUGAAAUAAUCCACGAAGAGGAUGUUGUGAAAGACUCUGAAAAUCUGAAGGGUAAUGCUAGUUUAAUCACACAACUCUGGGAAUCACAUGAAAGCAAUAAUCUUGACAUGCUCACAGAAGAUGAAGAAUCAUAUUUCUACUCCAAGUUGCUUGAAGCCCUCAAAUUUUAUCAUCGUACCAUGCCAUCUGUUCUAGAAGGAUCAUUUGAUUUCUUUAAAGUUCUACCAACCAAUGCUAUAUCAUUACCAACUAUCCUGCUGCAAUCUUUAUUGUCACUAUUAGUUGAACACAUUGGUUGCUCUUCAAAGCAAGAUGUUCCCAUGAGAUGCCCACCAUUGAUGUACAAACAUCUGAUGCAUUUCAUUAAUUUAGUUGUGAAUUCACCUGUGAAAGACAUCAUAAAAGAUCAAGCUUAUGUGCUGGCACAUGCAGCCAUGUUAAGCACUGGAGCUUUUGACAAUAACAAAAGGGAGAUUGAUGCAUGGCUUUUGUUUCUUCCUGGGUUUAGGUUUAGCACCAAAUCAACUGUACAGAACUUCUCUUCUGUUGUCAGUUCCUUUUUCUGUGAUGUUGUUUCUACACUUGGAAACAAUUUAUUCAAAUAUUGGGAUCUUUUCAGGUCUCAAAUCAACCACUUGGAAAACACUAAAGAUAUGCAUCCUCAGCUCAGUCCUCUCUUUGUUUGUGUCCUUGAAAAGUGCCUAAGGCUCCUUGGUUCUGAGUCUGGGACCUUUACUUCACCUGAAAAAUCAAUGAUAUCUAUAUAUGUCAGCAGCACUUUGAGAUACCUCUUGCAAACUCAGGUGGAGCCUGGAUUGCUAUCUUCUCUGAUAUGUCUUUCAUUAUCCGAGAGACUCAAGGAUGUUGAUGACAAUUCCUGUGAGUGGAGGCCAUUAAAAAGCCUGUUGCACUUUUCAAGGAGUAUUGUGAAUCAAGAAAGUUGCAUGUUUUCUUCAGUUGAUAGAAAUAGGAGCCUUGAUGAUGAUUCUUUUGUCAAUCUUGUUGGUGAAAAUGCCACUCUAGCAGAGAGUGAACAUAAUUCUGGGAUCACCACCACGUUUAUAUCAUCAUUGCUGUGUGCUUCACCUGAUCUAAUGUUGCAGCAUUUCCCGGAAGUUAUAUCUAUUUCACAGAAACUAAGUGGAGUUCCUUUUUCUAUCCUAUAUUCUAUCUGUUUUCUUGAAAGGAGUUUUUUCAAUGAUAUCUGCAAGUCAUGGCCUGAAUUGUCAUUUUCGGGAUUAGAAAGGGCAGUUGAUGAUCAAAGCAAAGGGGAUUCAACAAAUUCUUGUGAAGCAUUCUCUUGUUUUCUGAAGCAGGCUCCAUUUUAUGUGGUGUUUCCAGCUAUUAUAAGCCCUGGAUGCUUGUAUUUAUCCAAGUCAUCCAACCUUCAGGACUUGUUGUUGGCUAAGCUGUCAAAAGAGAUGUCUGAUAAUUUUGUUUCUUCUUUCCGCCUUGUGUUUUUCUGGUUUCAUCAUGUACAGGCUUCCUACCAUAAUGAACCAGCUGAAGAGUAUGUGCAGAUUUCUGAAAUCUGUUUUGCCCUCAUAAAGAGCAUGUUGGCUCCUGGAUCCAAUCUUUAUGCCCAAGAAAUUGCUGAAACCAUUUUCUGUCAUCCUGCUGUUGUAAGUUCUUUAGAAAGCCCAUUAUCUUCUAAAAAAGAACUAAAAGACGACAUUUUUCAGCAUCCCACAGAUAGUUUUCUUUCUUUAGCAAGAGAAGGACUUCAUAUAAUGGAUUAUCAUGUUUUACAAGCAGUAGAAAUGUUUUCUAACCGUUUGCAUGAGGAUUUUGGGCAUGCAAAUAAGACGAUUGCAAGGGUUUUCAAGUGUUUCCUUCAGAAAUUGGUUCUGAUGCUAAAGGACAGGUUUGAUCAGUUCAUAGAAUCCCAAGUUCCUUUCUCCCUGAUUCCAACAUUAUUUGCUAUUCACACCUUGAUUCAAUUCAUAUCCCCUCAAGAGCUUCUUGAAUUGGCUUAUUGGAUUUUCUCCAGAGUUAAUGAAUCAUCUGUUCCCGAAUCUUUUAAAAUUUCUGCUCUGUGUGUUGGAUUAAACAUUGCUGGUUGUGCUUUCGACUUGCUGCUGUGUGAUGUCAAGAAAGUGCCACUAUGUUUUAGUGGCAUACAAGAUUUUGAUGUUGCUCUAUUUGAGAAAGUGUAUUUUCACAUAGUUGAGAUCGCCUCCCAUUCUGAAAUAGUUGUUGCAGAUCUUUGCUUGAAUAAAGCUGUUAAGAUUGCAAAUAUACAUACUGGUUCAACUCCAACUCCUCAAUCUCUUCCACAUUCCAUGGUCAUUUCAAGGAUCAUAGAAGCCACACCCAUGAAUUUGCUCUCAAAAUGCCUUAAAAAAACCAGCAUGAUUAAGGCUAAACUUUUGUUUCAUUUAACCGAGUCGAGUCUCCUUCAUCUAUCUUUCUUUGGACUUACUUUCAUGGAGAUGGUGAACAAAUCUUCAGUUAGCAAAAAGAGGAAGAGUGGUGUACAUGAUGAUGACAUGUUAAUGCUUCUGCCAACUGCUCUAUCUUUCUCAAAUUUCAUCUCCAUGAGAUAUGGGGACAAGUGUUAUGAACAUCUUAGAAGUAUACAUGCUUUGUAUUGGGAGAUAUUAUCCAAUGGGUUCUCUAACUGGAAGAGCUUUGUUUCUAGAGACAUAUUUCAAGUAAAACCAGACAAAUCCGUGCCUUCAACUGUGGAAGAACUUUGUGAUCUUUUCAACAACACUCUUCUUGGAAGAGCAGUUGCUAUCAUGCAACAUCAUCUUGUAUCAAGUGAGGCCACUGUCAAAAUGAGCAAGCGAUUGAAGUUAUUUGAUUCUGUUCUUCCAUCUGGAACUGAUAAUCUUCUGGACUGUGGUGCUUUUAAAAUUGAUCGUUAUUCUAUUGAUCAAUCUUUGAACCUUGUUAUGAAGGUAGUAACAAAGGUACAACUUUGUAAGAUAUUGCUAUUUCCUAAAGGAAAUUUUCAACCUCUUGCUAAAGGAAAUGAAGAAAACGGAGAGAUAGGACAAUCUUCUUUAGAAGUAAUGUCUAACAAAGAACACUUAAGAAGUGUAGUGUUCAUGAACACAUUGGUGUACACUUGGCAGUUAAUAGUUGAACAAGUCCCUUCAAAUUCUAUUUCAGUUGAAGGCACAAAAUGUGCAUUGUUCAGGCUUUUGGAGAUAUUUAUUUUGAGGAUUAUCAUUGAAGUUACUGCAGAGAUGCAUAAGAAUUCUGAUAUGAAAUCAAACUCUGUUAUUAACCUAGAACAACUUGCAAGAUCUUGUCUUCGUUACAGGUUUGAAGAUCCUGCAACACUCAGCAUGCUUCGAUCUGUUCUAACUUUUGAAGCAGAAGAUAAAUCCUUCCAUAUUCAAAUUCUUCAGCUGCUGGUGAAUCACUCACAGUUUGCACCCACCAUUCAAUCUGCCUCUAAACCCUCUACUUCUCUACAGUUUGGUAUCAUUUUUAGACCCAUGUCAAGUAUUCUGAGAUCACUUACUUUUCAUAAUGCCAUUGUUAAAUCAGAUCCUGAUCUCUACAUGAAGCAAUUGGAAAUUGUUAAAUUGGUUAGGGUGCUAUGCAGUUUCAGGGCUCAGAUGGGCAGUAUGUUGUUUGAACAAGAUAUUGGGGUAACUACUAGAGAUCUGAUGUUCUUGCUUCUAUCUUCUUAUGGUGCUACUCUCACUAAAAAAGACUUGGAGAUAUACAAACUCAUUCAGGAACUUGAAAGUAUUGAUGAAACAAACCCUAGUUAUAUAGCUGAUAUGGAUUAUCUAUGGGGAGCAGCUGCUACAAGGGUUAGAAAAGUACGUGAGACAGAAAAGGCCUUUUCUUCUGAUCACAUGGAUGAUGACUCAGAAGCUGUUGAAAAAGGGCGGAAAAGUCAAUUCAGAGAAAACCUUCCAAUUGAUCCAAGAAUGUGUGCAGCCACAGUACUUCAUUUUCCCUAUCACAGAAACAUGAGUCCAGGAGAUAAUGCUGGACAUGUGGCUGAGGCACAAGCUGAUAUUGAGUCAAGAAACAUAUAUGAUCCAGUUUUUAUCUUGCACAUGUCACUACAUGGUUUGUCAAUGGAUUACAUCGAACCUGUUGAAUUUGCAAGCUUAGGCCUGCUUGGUGUUGCAUUUGUUAGCUUAUCUUCACCUGAUGAUGAGAUGAGAAAAUUGGGUUACAAGGUUCUUGCAGUAUUCAGGAAUGUUUUAGAGAUAAGUCAAAAAAGAAAGGAUAUAAACCGAGUUCGCCCAUUGCUAACAUAUGUGCAAAAUGGUAUAUCAGAGCCAUGGCAGAGGAUUCCUUGUGUGCAUGCUUUAUUUGCUGCAGAAGCUUCUGUAUUGUUAUUGGAUCCUUCAAAUGAUCAUUACAAAACUAUAACCAAACUUGUGAUGCACUCCCCUAUGAAUACAAAGAUGAUAUCAUUCUUUGAUGAGUUCUUCUGGAGUAAUUCUGCUAGUUUUAAAGCAGAUAGGAUAUGGAUUCUUCGCCUACUAUAUUGUGGCCAUAACUCAGAAGAUGAUGCUCAGAUUUACAUCAGGAGCUCAAUUUUAGAGAAACUGCUUAGUUUUUAUAGUUCCUCUCUUUCAGAUAAUGAAUCAAGGGAAUUAAUCCUUGAGAUUGUGAAGAAGUUAAUGAAAUUUGAUAAGACAUCAAGAUAUUUAAUCGAGCGAUGUGGUGUACUUUCAUGGUUGUCUUCCCUUAUUUCCAACACACACGAAGAACAUAAGAAGACACAACUGGAGAUAGUAAAUGGUGUUGUCACCUCCAUGAACACAAGUCAAUGGUUGGAAACAAAUUGUGUGGAGCAACUGACACAACUCACACACCAUUUGUGUGUGCUCUUUACGGAUCAAUUUGAGGUGGUGAAAGAAAUGCAGUUGGUUGAUUCAGUUUUGGAAGUAAUUUGUUCAACAUUGAAGAUAUCAGAAAAGAGGAGGGAAGUAUUUCAACCACAUUUGAGCUUUUCAAUUGAAGGUGUAUAUGGACUGUUUGAAGCAGUUAAUGCAUGUUGUUGUAAUGGAGAGUUAGGACUUGAAGUUGUGCUAAUGACCACUCCCCAACCAGGAAUACUCACCAUGGAUGGGGAAAAGCUUGAGAAGUUUGUGUUUUGGGCAGUUUCAAUUGCUUCAUCAAAAAGUAAUGGUUCAUUGGUAUUGAAGCUUUUAAGGUGGUUGACUGCUUGUGUAAUUCUUUCAUGGCAAUUGGGAGGUGAGGAGGGAUCAAAAAUGAAAUGUUACAAAAGUUUACAAUCUUUUCUGGAGGCAGGAGUAGUAGUAAGAGGGGUGGAAUCUGAAUCUGGCAAUGAAGAAUUAUUAGGGGGAAUCAUAUAUUACCUUCAACAGAAACAGAUUGUUGGGAGGAGGAAAUAUGAAGUAGCGCUUACGUCUGUUGUUUCUUCACUUUGUUUGUUGCUCUUUCCUCAUUCCAUUUCCUCCCACACUGACACAGACACAGACACAGACACAGACACAGACACAGACACAGACACAGACACAGACACAGAUGGAGAAAGUAGUUUGAGGUCGUUGCUAUCCAGAAUAGGCUCUCCCCCUGAAGCUGAUCCUAAAUGGAAUUGGUCAUUUGAGCAGCCAUGGAAGGUGAGUUGUUCUGUAGAUGAGAUUGAAGCGUGCCAGUCUGUUUUAGUGGCGGUUUCAAAUGUUCUUGGCAAAAACUUGUCACUUUCGCACUUUCUUACAAAUUUAGAUGUAGAAACUUCAACAAAACUCGUCUUCUAGAGUCUGACUCAAUGAAUCAUGUAUUUGUUAUUCAUUGCUAAUAGAGAAAAAACCCUCCA